AUGGACGCUUCCGCACUUGCUCGAGUUGAACUACAGCGGGUCGAAUUAGAGAACAACAUUGCAAAGCUCCGCAAAUCUCUCCGACACUGGCAAACACUUGAGAUCGACUACGAGGGGCUUAAAGAAGAAUUCCUGGGCAUCCCCGAAGAUGCCUCCCCCGAUGUCUGCCUUCAAGCAGCAAAAGACUUCAAGCCAGAAAUUAUCGACGAAACUGAGUUGCAGGAACUUCUGAGGGAUAAAAGCUCCCGGCCUCGCCGACCUUCUCAACUUGUGGACUUGCUAUCAAAGCGUGCAGAUUAUGUCACCCGAAAUAUUGAGACAAUAAGGAAGCAACUCUCCGACGCAGAAAAGAGGAGGAAUGCCUUACUGCUUGCAGAGGAGCCCGAUCAUCGAGAUGAAGCUGGCCUACCUCUGGCCGAAAUUACCGAGGAGCUCGACGACAUGGGACAGGUUAUAUCCAGCAAAGUGGAGACCCCAGGUGCUAACGCUCCCAAUCUAAUAGACGUACUGAAGAGGGCUGGUGUGCAUGAUCUGGAGGAGACAAACGGCACAAUCACGAAAGCCGAAUCCCCAGCAAACCACCCGGACGGAAACGCCCCCGCGUCACAGAUAGAAGUGGAUGAGGAUGGGGGUGAGGAAAGUAGUUCUCCGGAUAACACUCCACUAGCCGGUAUAGUUCAACAAGCGCAGUCUCCAACAGAUGCCUUCCCAACGAAUCCAAAUGACACGGAAGCAGAAGCCGAAUUGCGCCGAGAAAUGCUCGAAUAUUCACGCGGCUUAGACGAAGUCGGGGCCAUUGUAGCUGAGCUUGAGCUGGAAGAAGAGGCAUCCGAUAUCUCGUAUGACGAAAAUGAAGACGACCUGGACUUUGACUCUGACAUGGAUCUGGAGGACCUCGAAGAGGACGAGUCGGAAGAUGAAUCUGGCAAGAGCAGACGGCCUCUAUCUCUUCCACGCGGCUAUCAAAAGAAAAUGGAAGAAUUGCAGGAGAAGCUAGGGCUGAAGAAUAUUGGGCCUCAACCAGAAGUUGAAGCCACAAUGGAGCAAGUCAAACAUGUGGAACGGCCACCAGCAGCCGAAGCAGCUCGGAAGGCAGCUAUCGCCAGGCAUGAUAACUCGAAGAAGAGUAAUUUGAAGUCGAGUCUGAGCAAGUCUGCGGAAGCCGACAAAUCAAUCAAGGAGAAGAAGCCCAGCAAAAAGAAAGUGGCAUUCUCCACAGACUUGGAUAUUGCUCACGAACAGCCUCCGUCUGGGAAAAUGCCUCCAUCAAACAGACCGCCGCUCAGAGAUACUCAAACAUCGAAGUUGCGACCCAUCAAAGAUUCAAUCAUCGAGCGAGUGAGUGACCAAGAUGAGGAAGCCCCUACUAUCCCGGCAGCUCCAGCCACAAAGACCGUCAAACAGUCAAGAUUCAAAGCUGCGCGGGAAUCUUUACCGCAGACGCCCAAAUUCGCUUCUCCAAUGCCAUUUUCAAGCGAAAGAGUUGAGGAUACAGGUGCGUCCCCUCAGUCUCGAUCCUCGGUCGUCACUGCGCAGGUGGUGGAGCGGUCAUUUUCCAAAGCACCGAAGGCUCCCAGCCCAGAUGACUUUUCCGAAGAGGACCACCAACGGGAGAUCGCGAGGGAAUACCAGCAACACAGGAUGAAACGCAUAGCCUCCCAAGAUGGUGGGUUUCUCGGCAACAGUGAAGACGGUGAGAUCACUCCUCUGGAAGACGCGAACGGGCGGAAGGUCAGCAGAUUCAAGGCGGCGGGAAUCAAACGAUGA